AUCUUGCUACUUGUAAUUAUUUCAUGUGACACCCUAUAGAAUACACAAUUUAUUACAAGAAUCAUGUGGGAUGUGGGGUAUCUGUUUAGCGUCUAUAGCGUCAGUCGUGAUUGUUGCGAUAGGAAUUACUCGAGGCAUCUCAAACAUGGCAUAUCAAUUGAAAGAUAUGUGCAAAUUAGGGGUUACAAGACAAAGAAAUGAAUAAAUCUUAAUGGAGCGACCGUAGUUAUAUUAAUUAAUAAUCCAUUAUCUGGAAUAAUGUCGCGAUCAGAAUUUGACAUGUAUGACGUUUGAGAUAAACUAAAAUAUUAAACGUCAUUUAUUAUUUUACCGAAAUUCUUAGUUUAAACAAGUAUAAUACUGGGUUUCAAAGAUGAACAAGAAAGUGGUCGUUGCGUUUUAUUUGUUGCUAAAUGUAAUCUUUUCGAUUGUGAUUGUACUAUUGAACAAAUGGCUUUACAUUCACACCCGUUUUCCGAACAUUACACUGUCCAUGAUACACUUUGUUAUUACAUUUAUCGGUUUAAUAAUCUGCGAGAAGUUAGACGUCUUCUGUGUUAAGGACAUCGACAUUAAGCAGAUGAUACUAAUUGCAAUGACAUUUUGCGGAUUUGUCGUUCUGACCAAUUUAAGUUUAGCUCAUAACACAGUUGGAACUUAUCAGAUGGCAAAAAUGUUGACAACACCCUGUGUGAUAGUAAUGCAAAUAAUAUUUUAUAAGAAGCGUUUUAGCAUGCUUGUUAAGCUCACGUUGAUACCGAUUACAUUGGGAGUCAUAAUCAAUUUUUAUUACGAUAUACAAUUCAACAUCAUUGGAACUAUUUAUGCAACACUAGGAGUGCUUGUAACAUCUCUGUAUCAAGUUAUGGUGAACAGAAAACAGAGAGAAUUUCAAAUGGAUCCAAUGCAACUAUUAUUUUAUCAAGCACCAUUGUCUGCUGUUAUGCUCUUGAUUGUUGUUCCAAUUUUGGAACCAGUUGGACAAACCUUCACACACAACUGGUCGCUGUUAGACGUAACCAUGGUGGUGUUCUCAGGUGUAGUGGCAUUUUUCGUGAAUUUAACUUCCUACUGGAUUAUAGGAAAGACUUCGCCUUUAACAUAUAACAUGGUUGGUCAUUCCAAGUUCUGCCUUCUUUUGUUGGGGGGUGCAAUGCUUUUCCAUGAAACAUUAGCGAUAAAUCAAGUUAUUGGUAUAACUUUGACUUUAAUGGGAAUUGUGUCAUACGCUCAUGUCAAAAUAAAAGAUAACCAGGUCAUAGCACCCCAGUUUGAGGAUAGAGAAAUAAAACCUCUGUAUAAAGUAUGAUUCUAUUUCAGAGCAAAUAGUUGAUCAAAGAAACUUGAAAUUUUGAAGAAAAUCAGUCGUGAUACUUAAUAAUGUAUAAAAAUAUUUUGUAAGUCUAAAAAGUCUAUAUUAUAAUAAACAAUUAUUUAUUACU